UAAAUAUUUUUGACAACCGAAUUAUUUGACAUCUGUACAAAACAAACAAAAUAAAAGGACGCACAUUAAGAGAAGCAAAAAAAAAAAUAAACAACAACAAAAAAAAUGGUACUUCCAUUCGGUUUAGGUUCAGAUGGCAGCACAAAUCGUGCCCAAAUACCAUCAGCGCCACCAAUGGAUGCUGGUGCUUUAAUGAAUUACACACGUUAUAUUGAUUUUAUUGUUGUUAAUGGGGAUGAUCGUUAUAUGAUACGUACAGAACGAAACGUUGUUCUAGAAUCAAGUGUUGAAUUAGCAAAAAUAAUUAAUGCUGGACCAAAAGGUAGUCGUCUUAACGAUAAUCAUUUUCAAGUUCAUAAUGUUGAUAAACAUGAUUUUGAAUUGUUAGUAAGAUUUUUAGAAACAAAAUUUAUCAAAUAUCGUGAUCAUAAACAUAUUUUGCGAAUAUUAGAAUUAGCUGAUCGUUAUAAUUGUCCAGAUUUAAUUAUACAUUGUGCAAAAGAAUUAGAUUUACAAUUAACUAGUGCAAUUGUAUUAGAUAUAUUCCGUUCAUUAUGGUAUUAUAAUCGUGCACCAACAGCGAAUUGUAAUGUUAUUACAACACAACAACAAAAAGAUCCUCAACAACAAAAUCCAGAUAAACCACCAAAAACGAAAAAAUUAGAUAAACCACAUCCAUUUACACCUGAAGAACAUUUGGCAGCUUUAUUACAUAAUUGCUUACAAUUAAUUGAUAUGCAUGCUGAAUUGAUUUUAACAAAACCAGAAAUAUGUGAUUUAAGAUUUGAAGAAUUAGAGGUUAUAGCAAAACGUGAUGCAUUACAAAUACAAUCCGAAAUAACAUUAUUUGUAUGUUUAGCUGAUUGGAGUAUUGAAGAAUGUAAAAGGAAACGUUUAGAGUUAACAGCUGAAAAUCGACGACGUGUUUUGGGUCCAUUAUGUUAUACACCAAGAUAUUUAACAAUGAGCUCUAGAGAUUUUCGUAAAGCAUGUGAUCGUGUUGAAUUAUUGGAUAAUGUUGAAAUUACUUUAGUAUUAGACGCUUUAGAUGGUAAAAGAUCAAAUAAUUUAACACAAGAACAAUUAAAUAUGUUGGAAAAAUUUAAAACACCUAGACCACCAUAUCCAAAAAUGCCAAUACAUUUAAGUGAUAGAUCAAAUCCAAGAACUUAUCCGAAAAAAAUGAGAAAAUAUGCAGAAAAAGGUGAAAAAAAUGGAUGUUGGGAUACAUUCACUUUAAAUUGUUUAACAGUAGUCGCGUUUAUAUUUGACUGAACAAUUUAUAAUAAAAAAAUAAUAAAAUAAUUAACAUUUAGAAGAACAAAUCAACAAAAAGUAUAAAAUAGGAUCAAUUUAUAUUUUACAGGAUAUGCAAUAAUCAUUACUAUAAUUAUUAUACAUACAUAAAUUAUUUAGCAUGAUUAAUGAUAAAAUAUUAGGAAAAUUAUAUUUUAAAAUAUUUUAUGAUCUAUUUCUUUUUAUGAAAUAUUGAAAAUUUGACGAAUAUUAUAUUAACAUAUAAAAAAAUAUAUAUAUAUUGUAUGAUCUUUGUAGGGGUAAUUUAUUAAUUAUCAAAGAUUUAUAGUGUAAUUCGGUUAAUCGUUGUUAAAAAUUAAUGAAGGAUAAUUCUUAAUAAAAUAGAAAACAAGCUAAACCAAAAAAUUUUAUAUACUUACCAAAAAUGUUGAAAUCUUAUUACAUAAUGAUGUUUGGAUUUAAUUCCAGUAAUAAGAAAAGAUUUUUAUUUAUAUUUAAAGAAAAAUUGUAAUAUCUUUUUAAAAUAAUUGUAAUUCCGAAAUAAUUUGAAAUAACAAGUUUAACAUUUAAAAUUUUUCACCUCCAAUUUU